AUGGAGGUGAGCAACGGAUUUCCGGCAGUGCAUGCGGGCGCGUCUGGUGGCAGAUGGUGGCGGUCUUGGCGGCGUUGGAAAGCCGACGAAGAGAAAAACAUGAUGUUGCCGGAGGUGACGAACCAAAGUGUUAGAAACAGAUCGAAAAAUGAGAGCAAAGAAGCACGGGUGGAAUUUAGAAGGAAGAAUAACCUGGUCGUUGCAGCCUCUUUCGGCGGCGCGUGGCGGCACGUCUGGCGGUGGAUGGCGGCGGAUCUGAUUGCGUUGGAAUCACGGAGACAAGACGAACAAGAUGGUACCUCCCCUCCGUUCCAUCCAGGCCAUCCAACAUCCGAUCCAACUCGCAGGUUCCCGAUCCUCAUCUCAACUCGUAUCAGAAGCCUUCUGUACAUUGGCGCCGUCUGUGGGGACCUGCAACAAUCAGACCGGAUGGAGGGCAUCCUGGAGGAUAACCCAUCAAGCCAGGACGACUCCCAACCGCGUCGUCCGAUCUCAGAACACCAUGAAGCCACAAACCAAGCAAAAAUAGCAAGCACCAUCCACCACGCAAACGAACACGUCACGACGGACCCACAACAUCCCGAGAAAGCCAGGGACAAAGCGGUACAAAUCAUCCAGGAUCUCUGUCUCCGGGUCCAAGAACUUGAAGGCAAGCUAAACGACCGAGAAAAACACAAUAACGAGCAUGGAAGCCAGGCAACUUCCAAGUCAAGAUCCCACCACGGAAGGUCGCCAAUCCGGCAGCACAAUAGGAGAGAUGAUCGCAGCACCUCACGCAACCGCCGACGCGAGAAGUCGCCUGAACGACGAUACGACAAGAAACACCAUCGCAGCGAUUCUCGGGAUCUAAACCGUCAGCAUGAUUCAGACGAAGACCGGAGAUACCGAAGCACCAAACGCACGAGAAGCGACCAUACCAUAAUGGGAGCUACGCCCUUCACGGAAGGAAUCUUAAGAGCAAAACUCCCCAAAGGUUUCGACAAACCCACCGACAUGAAGUACGACGGAACUAAAGACCCUCAAGAGCACCUAACGGCCUUUGAGGCCAGAAUGAAGUUAGAAGGAGCAUCCGACGCAGUCCGAUGCAGAGCCUUCCCAGUAACCCUUGCCGGGCCAGCGAUCAAAUGGUUCAACACCCUCCCAAACGGAUCCAUAACUAGCUUCCACGACAUCACAAGAAAAUUCAUGGCCCAGUUCACAACCCGAAUCACCAAAGCCAAACACCCCAUCAGCCUGUUAGGGGUCACACAAAGGCAAGAAGAAUCCACAAGAAAAUACCUCGACCGCUUCAACGACGAAUGCCUAACGGUCGACGGACUCACGGACUCCGUUGCCAGCCUCUGCCUAACUAACGGACUCAUGAAUGAAGACUUUCGCAAACAUCUCACCACCAAACCAGUGUGGACCAUGCACGAAAUCCAGAACGUCGCCAAAGAUUACAUCAACGACGAGGAAGUCAGCCAGGUCGUCGCCGCCAACAAACGGCAGCACGCCGCCACCCAACACGGCAACCAGACUCCCCGUCAUAACGCACCACCCAAAGAGAACCAACGAGACCACCUUAAACCGACCCACAGACCACCAAGAAUAGGAAAAUUUUCCAACUACACUCCCCUAACAGCAUCAAUUACUGAGGUAUACCACCAAAUAGCAGAUCGAGGCAUCAUCCCCAGAGCCCGACCACUCAAGGAAAGGACAGGAGGAAACAAAACCCUCUACUGCGACUAUCACCGCGGAUACGGCCACAAAACACAAGAUUGUUACGAUCUCAAAGACGCUCUUGAGCAAGCUAUACGAGACGGCAAACUCCCCGAGUUCGUCAAAAUCAUCAGAGAACCAAGGCGCGCCGACAGAGACAAAUCACCAGAAAGAGAAGGACGCAACCCAAGAACUCAAAAACCACCCAGGGAAAACACCGAAGAAGAUCCGACCAUCAUAGUAAACGUCAUCACGGGCAAAGACGUGCCAAAUAAAUCAAAACUAACAAUGAAAAAAGACCUCAAGAUAAUGGCCGUCAAAAACCACGACCCAGUAACCAUUGCCGACAGCACGAUAACCUUCUUACCCGAGGACUGCCAGCACGGCACCUCGGCCGGAGAUGCCCCAUUCGUCAUAUCAGCCCGAAUCGGAACAGGACUAGUAAGAAGAAUACUCGUGGACACGGGUGCCGACUCCAAUAUCCUCUUCCGAGGAGCCUUCGACAAACUCGGGCUCCGCAACGACAACCUCCAAACGCAUCGCCACGGCGUCACGGGCCUCGGAGAUAACUUCCUCAAACCAGACGGCUCGGUCACUCUCCCCAUCACCAUAGGAACAAGCAAUCAGAGAAAGACGAUCCUAUCCGAAUUCGUCGUCCUAAAAGACUCCACAGCCUAUAACGUCAUUCUCGGAAGAAAAACAAUUAACGACUUCUCGGCAGUCAUCUUCACCAAAUACCUUCUCAUGAAAUUCAAAGCCGAUGACGGCACCAUUGGAACCAUUCACGGAGACCGAGAAGUUGCAGCCGAAUGCGACAACAAUAGCUUAGCUCUAAGGAAAAAAUCCCGGGACGCGGCCGGAAUAUUCCUUGCCGACCUAGACGCACGGCUUGACGGCCAACCUAGACCGGAACCAGAAGGGGACAUGGAAAAACUACAAAUAGGGCCAACCAAAGAUGAAUACACGUUCAUCAACAGAAACCUCCCACACGACCUCAAAGAAGAACUCUCUCAACUUUUGAAACAAAACAGAGACCUAUUCGCAUUCACACCAGCCGACAUGCCGGGAAUAAGUCCCGAUCUGAUGUCUCACCAUCUGGCAGUAGACCCCCUAGCCAAACCCGUGGCGCAAAGAAGACGGAAAAUGUCACCAGACCGAGCCGCCGAGGUCCAAAAACAAGUAAAAGCCUUACUCGAAGCCAACUUCAUCCGAGAACUCCCUUACACGACCUGGCUAGCCAACGUCGUACUAGUUAAAAAGUCUAACGGGAAGUGGCGAAUCUUCAUGGACGCAUAUUCCGGCUACAACCAGAUCCCGAUGCACCGACCAGACGAAGAAAAAACAGCAUUCAUCACCCCAGACGGAACCUACUGCUAUAAAGUAAUGCCCUUCGGCUUGAAAAACGCCGGAGCCACCUACCAGCGACUUGUUAACAAAAUAUUUCGCAACUUAACCGGAAACAAAAUAGAAGUCUACAUAGAUGAUAUGCUCGCCAAAACAGAAUCCGGCGAGCAACUAACCGACGAUUUAAAGGUCAUAAUGAACACUUUGCGAAAGCACCAAAUGCGACUCAACCCAACAAAGUGCGCUUUCGGAAUGGAAGCAGGAAAAUUCCUCGGAUUCAUGAUCACACAACGCGGAGUUGAGGCAAACCCGGAAAAAUGCCGUGCCGUCCUCGAGAUGACAAGUCCCAAGAACCUCAAAGAUAUCCAAAAGCUCACCGGCCGACUAACCGCACUAUCCCGGUUCCUCAGAGCCUCGGCACAAAAGGCAAUUCCUUUCUUCAAACUUAUGAAAAAAGGGAUUCCGUUCAAAUGGGAGAAAGAAUGCGAAGAAGCUUUCCAACACUUCAAAAGGGUCCUAACAGAACCUCCAAUCCUCGCAAAACCUCAAACAGGGGAAACGCUAUACUUGUACCUCUCCAUAACGGAAGAAAUAAUCGCAGCAGCACUCGUCCGGAAAAACGAGAAAAAGGAACAAAAGCCCAUAUACUUCAUAAGCAAGGUACUACAAGACACGGAAGCCCGUUAUUCACGACUAGAAAAACUGGCUUUCGCACUCCUCUCGGCAUCCCGACGACUACGACAAUACUUCCAGGCCCACCCCAUAACGGUCCGAACCGACCAAACGGUCAAACAAGUUUUACAAAAACCCGACCUAGCAGGAAGAAUGCUAGCAUGGUCCAUCGAGUUAUCUCAAUUCCAGAUCAAGUUCGAGCCCCGAAACGCCAUCAAAGCACAAGCCUUGACCGACUUCAUCGCCGAGAUGACCCCGACCAAGCUGACACCCGAACCAUGGAAACUGCACGUCGAUGGCUCAUCAAACUCCACUCACGGAGGUGCCGGAAUUAUACUCGAAAACCAAAAUGGGAUCACAAUUGAACAAUCAAUAAGAUACGACUUUCCAGUAUCAAAUAACCAAGCAGAAUACGAGGCCCUUUUGGCAGGCCUAAACUUAGCUCGGGAAGUCGGCGCCAAGGUACUCGAAGUUAACACCGAUUCCCAGGUGGUAUGCUCCCAAAUCAACGGGAGCUACCAAACCCGGGACCCCCUGCUCCAACAAUACCUCAAAAAAGUAAGUGAAACAAAAGAAAGAUUCGAAAACGUCUCCAUACAUCACGUCCCCAGGGAGCGAAACGCCAGGGCGGAUCUACUUUCCAAGCUAGCCAGCACGAAGUCAGGACACGGCAACAGAUCGCUAAUCCAGGAGGUCGUUAAGUCGCCUUCCGUAUCAACGGAAAUCAACGCACACCUAACAUCCUCAAACCGGGAAUCUUGGACAUACCCGAUCUUGCAAUAUCUCCGCGACGGAAUCCUACCACCAGAUCCGAAAGAAGAGAGGAAAAUAAAAAGAGAAGCCGCUAACUACACCAUUAUAGCAGGACAACUAUACAAACGCGGAUUCUCGCAGCCCCUACUUAAAUGUGUAGAACCCGAGCACACGGAAUACAUACUCCGCGAGAUCCACGAAGGCUGCUGUGGCCACCACAUCGGAGGAAAAACGCUAGCCCAAAAAGUCACCAGGGCCGGCUAUUUCUGGCCCACAAUCAUUCGAGAUUCCAUGCAACUCACAAAAAGCUGUGACAAAUGCCAAAAGCAUGCCAAUAUCCACCAAGCCGCCCCACACCAACUCAGCGUUAUAUCGGCUGAACGGCCAUUCGGCAGUUGGGGGAUCGACCUCGUCGGGCCCUUCCCCACGGCACCCGGCCAACUCAGAUAUCUCAUCGUCGCCAUAGAUUACUACACCAAAUGGAUUGAAGCCGAACCCCUGGCCUCCAUCACGGCAACCCAAUGCCGGAAAUUCGUAUGGCGACAGAUCAUUACUCGGUUCGGAAUUCCCGAAGUCAUCAUCUCCGACAACGGAACCCAAUUCACAGACAAAAAAUUCAGAGAACUCUUAGAAGGAUUGCACGUAUCCCAUCGCUUCAGCUCGGUAGAACAUCCCCAAACAAACGGACAGGUGGAAUCCGCCAACAAAGUUAUCGUCAAAGGACUUAAGAAACGACUUGACAAAGCCAAGGGAUUAUGGACAGACGAGUUGGGAUCAGUCCUAUGGUCAUACCGAACAACACCCCAAACGAGCACGGGAGAAACGCCCUUCCGACUAACAUACGGCGUAGAAGCUGUCAUCCCAGUAGAAAUCGGGGACCCCAGCCCCAGAAAAACGGUUGGAGGUAACGACGAAGAAGCAGAACGAGACCUCAUAGACGAAGCAAGAAGCAUAGCCCACGUCAAAGAAUUAGCACUCAAACAAAGGAUCAGCCUAAGGUAUAAUCACGACGUCAUUCGACGAGAAUUCGCGGACAACGACCUCGUCUUACGACGAAACGAUAUCGGCCUUCCGACCCCAGGAGAAGGAAAGCUCGCACCCAACUGGGAAGGACCAUACAGAGUCAAGGCCGUAAUAGGAAAAGGAGCGUAUAAACUCGAACGACUAGACGGCAGCGAAAUACCGAGAACUUGGAACGCAGCCAACUUACGAAGAUACUACACUUAA